UGUUGCUUUAGCUAAUCAAUAGAUGGCACUGUUCCGAGUGAGAUCCUGCGGCACAUCAUGUGCUCCUAUUAACAAUUUUUCAAUUCCAGUCAAAAUAGAGCGUUUCUGGCCGUUCCACGAGCGCAUGUGAUGCAUAACCUCUCAAUUUGACUGCACCACUUUUUCAUGAACUUUAUAACAAAUCAAUUUUUAUAGAAGUAAUUUUAAUUCAGUUGUGAAUAUGAUUAACUUAUUGUGUGAAAAAUGAUUGCAGCGAUGAUUGAUUGGAAUUAUUGAUUAAAAAUAUGAUAUUGCGUUGUAUAUUAUAAAUUCAUAAUGUAAUUUUAAUGAACGUGUGCUUAAAAGAAAGUGACAAUAUACAUUGCAUUUUAACACUUUCAUAAUGGAGAAAGCUUAUGUAGAAAAUUUUCUAAAGUUAAAAUUAUGCUGUGACAAUCUGCUAAAGAAUCCAAGUAAGGAUCAUGCAUAUAGAAUUGCAGAGGUAGCAAAUGACACCCCUACUGAAGUCCUGCAAAAUUUGUUAAAUUGUUGGUUAUUUCCCUUUGUUACCUGCCUACGAAUUCAUAGCUUAAGUACAAGUAUAAAAGAAGAAUUAGUGAGGACAUUGAGAGUUAUCAUACAAAAGAUAAGAAUCACAAAAUUUAAAGAUUUUAAUGAUAUCUAUGUAUCUCUAUUAAUACAAAUUUAUGAUAAAAGUCAGCCUAAUCAAGUAAUUAUGUUUCAUGAAGAGCUUAAGGAAGUAAUAGCUUUAUGUAUCAAAGAUCUUAUCCAUCAAAGUUUUACUGAUGUUAUAGAGCAACUUUACACAAAAGAAAAUGAAUUAAAACUUGGUCAAGGAAUAUUGUUUUGCAUAAUAAUUGCAAGAACAGAAAAGUCAUCUGCUGUAAGGCUAGCAGCAAUAGAUGCAAUAAUGGCUUUGUGCCAUAUAGAUGAUCACGUAGACAAAUCUGAUGUUGUUCUGCAAGAACUGGCAGCGGAUACUGUUAUGAAGUUUUUACCUGGUAUUGUCAGUGGAUUACAAGAAGUAGCAAUGGAAAGUGAAGUUCAGAAUCACAAAGUUACAAUGAUGGCAAUUCAAGCUUGGGGGAGAAUCAUAUCUCUUAUAGUACAUGAUAAAGAAGAAGAAGACAUUAUAUCCAUAGAAACCCUUAUGAAAAAAGGUUGCAAUGCAUCAACUGAUACGUCACGUACUUCGACAUCUAACCAAAAGUGUGAUAUAAAGGACAAUUUAAAAGGAGCUACAAGAAAUCAAGAAUGGUUAGAAGCAGCAGCUAUUAAGCUUGGGGCUUGUAUAAAACUUUUGGGCCAAAUCAAGAGUCAUUCGCAUUAUAAAGUCAGGAGAGAACUGGUUGAAAGCAUCGGCCUUAUACUUAAAAAUUGUCCUAGAAAUAUGAGACCAAAUAUUAUGACACUAAUAGAUUAUCUGCUUUCUUUAUCCGAGGAUGAGUCUGUAGAAGUUCGUGAAAAAGCACAUAAUGUGCUGCAUAUUGUAAGUGAAAAUUAUAUGCGGAAUCACAAUAUGAAACCUCUAGUGGAUUUAUUAGAAGAUAAGUUUUAUAAUUUGCUUACAAGAUUGCCUACAAUUGUUAGACGAUCAGACGAUAACGAACAAUUAGCUGCUUUGAAUCAAUUUGCUGGCUAUUUGAGAUUACUUGGAAAGCAAAGAUUACCUCAUAUCAUGAGAUCACAGGCUCAUACACGAAGAUUGCUUUUAGCCCUUGUAUAUAUUAUGGUGUUAGAUUGCAGCAACGUCUCUCUUUUACAGACAACAAACGUGAAAGAUUUAGACGAUCCUGCGUAUUUUUACGGAUCGGAUUCAUGGAGACAGUUUAAAUUUAUUAAAAGUAGCUUAUGUAAAGAAAAGCUUGUUGCGAUAUGCAAGCUGCUCAGAGAGUUAGGAGAUUUUAGGAUACUAGUCGAUAAUAUUCUCGAGCUCAUGUCAGAUGCACCGCAAUACAGGAAGGAGUUCAGUUUAUUAUUUAACUGGAUUUUAGGUUCUGUUAAAGAUUCAUCUACCUCAGAUUUGUACAAGGAAAUCGUGGACUUCUGUAUAACGCCGGAAGUAUGGAAUUUGCCCAUAGAAGUGAAUGAGAAUACUCCCUUGCUGCAGGCACAGAGUAAUAUAGUACAAUGCUGCCUUCUGACGGAAUGUUUAGGCCACAUAGCACAGAAUUUACAACAGGAUUAUCUACAUAUAUUUCUUCGGCACACCUUAUAUUUAACUAUUGAGAGAGCAGGUAGCGGAAACGGAUUAAUUAGUUAUAUCGGAGUGCGCACUCUUGAGACCAUCGCGGAAGCACAGCAGCAUAAAACGAUCGGUGAUUUGUUACGUGCAAACGUAGAUUAUUUUUCCUACCACGUUAUAAUGAAAUUGCGCAAAGUAGAUCGCAAUCCUGGCGUACUCGAUGUUAUCGAAGUUGUUAUGAAAUACAGCAAGCUGGAUUUUUUACCGCAUUUAAAGGGAAUUGUGGAAGAUGUGCUCAGGCAGCUGAGUACUCCUUAUUAUCAAAAAGAUGAUUAUUCCUUCUUAAAGAUAUUUUACACGUUUAUCGUGUGUAUAAAAGCAUUGGUGAAGAAGGAGGAUACUAAAGCGACGAAGGAAGAAGCUGCACGAGUUACGAAUACUUGUUCGGAGACAAUUAUUCUUUCUUUAUUGGAAUAUUACAACGCAAAGAAAAUUGAUAACAAAAUCGACGACGAUUUUGACGAGAUAGAAUCAAGCGCAGAUGUAUCGAAUAUUGAACCAUCAGAAGAGACAAAUGAUGAUUACGUCGGUGGCAAAAUUCCAGAGGAUAAGGUCGACAAAAAGUUACCAACCCACAUAGUGAUAAUCGUAGAAGUUAUGAAACGUUGUUUGCACUUCCUACCUUCGAAGGAUGUACAGAAAUCACUAAUGGCGAUGCAAACGCUUCAAGAAGGCCUAUUAUUAUUAGUUGAAUGGGAAGACGAAUUAUUACCUAUCGUGCAUCAACUAUGGCAUCCGCUGACCGACAGAUUUGACGAUAAAAAUUGUCUUGUGAUUAAUCGUGCGUGGCAACUCUUGCACGUACUCGCUAACGUGUCGAAUGACUUUAUCAAAAGCAGAACCUUACGACAGGUGUUGCCGUCGGUGUUUAAAUUCCUGAACGAGUCUUCUAAGGAAAGCAUUAACAAAAGUUCUACGGAUGUGUACAAGUUUACGCAGAACUACAAAUUACAACACGAGUUGUUAUCUACGCUCGGAUUAAUCGCGCGGCUCUUGAAACUUCGCGAGAAAGAUUUAUGGCAAAUAUUAAGCAAUACAUAUAUGUAUCUUAGUGCACUUCAACAUGCUGCAUUACAGGCGUGCUGUGUAAAAUUGUACAAAGAUAUUGCUGAUUACAAUGGAGAUAUCGCAUGGACGAAAUGUCUCAGUAUCUGGAAUACAAAAGUUGCACGCAUAGCAGCUGAUGCAACGUUUAAGAUAGAAAAUGUGUUGGAUUCAGAUGUUGCUCCGCCAAAUAAAUAUCGCAAAAAUGUACAGGAAAUCAUUAUGUACAUACAAGACAAGAAUGUCCAGUGUUAAAUAAGUAUUUUUUGAAAAACUGUAAUAAAGCCUUAAAAAGUAAUGUAAGAGAAUGAUACAAAUAUUCUAUUAAAGCUCUGUAAGCAACAAUAUGCCAUUUAUUUAUUGAAUCUCUAAGGCGGUAUAAAAUGUAAAUCACGUGAAAGAUAUGUAAGUUGUUCAAAUUCAUAUACAUAUACGAAUAGUUUGCCUAUAGAUUUAUACCUAUACACGCUAGAGAAUAAUAAAAAAAUUUUGUGACAGUA